AUGCUGCCUCGCCGGACCCCGCCGCCGUCGGCCUCCGCCUGCCUCCUUCCGCAUCCACGCAGCUCCGCGCGCCUCCGACCUCCGCUCGUCGCCCGCCUCCACCGGUGUCCGCCUAUCUCCUCCCGCAUCCGUGCAGCUCCGCGCGCCUCCGGCCUCCGACCGUCCGCGCACCUCCGCCGACCUCUGCCCAGCUCCGUGCUACUCCGCGCGCACCGGCCUCCACCCGGCCACCCGCCUCCGCCGGCCGCCGACCACUGCCCACCUCUACGCGUCGCCGGCCUCCGCCCGCCCUCCGCGCAGCUGUGCGCACCGUCGACCUCCACCCUGCUUCGGGCGGCGCCGGCGUACACCUCCUCUUCCUCCCUCUUUCCAACUCGAGCCGCUAGUCUCCGGUGCUCUCCUCUGCCAGUGGCGGGGCUUGGCGCUGUCAGAGUUGGCAGUGUCUAA